AUGCGAUUUUGUCAACGUAAUCAAUACAAAAAAUUUCUACACUCGAGCGGUACUCCUACUCCUACGCAAAGUGCGCUUUGUUUUCGUUUUUGCCUAAUAUUUUCUCAAUCAGAAACCGGAAGCACGGGCUAUUCCGGUGUCAAUGAAGCAGUUCGUCCGUUCGUCGAAGUGACUGCAAAUGGAACGUAACUUGUGUAAAGUUUAGUUUGGGAAGCACUCUCCAUUGUCUUUUUUACUCACAACGAGAUUGUAGGCCGCCGAUCGACCGCACAAACGUAAUGGCAUCCAAAACCACUAAUAGUAACCUGAAAUAUCUCAGCCUGGUUACGCUAACCCUGCAGAAUGCUAUCCUUGGGCUCAGUAUGCGCUAUUCGCGAACCCGUCCGGGCGACAUGUUCCUCGGCUCGACGGCUGUAGUGAUGGCCGAACUGGUUAAGCUGGGAACCAGCUUGGUGCUGCUGUUUUUAGAGGAAGGCAAAAACGUACGCCGCUUGCGGGCCACCCUGUACGGUACGAUAGUACAGCAACCGAUGGACACGUUGAAAAUUUGCGUUCCUUCGUUCCUGUACAUUGUGCAGAACAAUCUGCUGUAUGUGGCCGCGUCCAAUCUGGACGCUGCCACCUAUCAGGUGACGUACCAGUUGAAGAUUCUAACGACGGCACUGUUUGCCAUGAUAAUCCUGCGUAAAAGGCUCCUGCCGACGCAGUGGGCCGCCCUGGUGGCACUGGUUAUCGGUGUGGUUUGCGUUCAGCUGGCUCGGUCCGAGCCGGCUGGAACGGCAGCCACGCGACAGCAGGAAAUGCCGGGCGGUGAGCCGAACCAGUUCCGGCUGCUUGGAUUUGGAGCCGCCGUUGGCGCCUGCUUUUUGUCCGGUUUUGCAGGAAUUUUCUUCGAGAAAAUGCUGAAGGGAGCGGACAUUUCCAUCUGGACGCGAAACAUUCAGCUCAGUUUGUUUAGUUUGCCGUUUGGAUUGCUGACCUGCUACGUGUCCGACAGGGCGGCACUUUCUGCCAAUGGAUUUUUCUUUGGUUAUGAUGGUUUUAUUUGGUAUUUGAUUGCCCUGCAGGCUGGUGGGGGACUGAUUGUGGCCGUGGUCGUUAAGUAUGCCGAUAACAUCCUGAAGGGUUUCGCCACUUCAUUGGCUAUCAUAAUAUCGUGUGUGGCAUCGAUGUAUUUGUUCAACUUCCAGCUGACGCUGCAGUUUGCCGUCGGGACGGCUCUCGUUAUCGGGUCGGUGUUCCUGUACGGGUACGAUCCCACGCAGGCCAACAAGCACAAAAUCAUCAAACUACGUCCGGACCUUGACCAGGAGCGUCUGCUAGCGGAAAAGGUUUAGACUCUCCACAGAAAAGACAUUAGAUCGGCUGAAAAGUAUUUCAUUUUUUAUUUUAUUUAAGUUAGUUUAAAGUUAAACGAUUUUAGUAGUUAGGGUUAACUUUUCGAAUGCAAUCUAGAACAAAUUAUAUAUUUUCGGGACUUAAGCUAACAUCGCGUUUAUUCAAUAAAUCGCCAAGGAAAUUUAUUUUACUUUACUUACCAUAUGAGUGAUUAUUUUAACGU